GCAUGUGUGUGUGUGUGUGUGUGUGUGUGUGUGUGUGUGUGUGUGUGAGCGUGCGCGCGCGCGCGCUCGCAUUUCUCGGUUUGUCUCGCCUAACGCUGCAGACCAGGCUCAUCUACGCCGGACACCUGAACAAAAAACGAAAGCCAUCUAAGAGGACAUUUAUUUGUAGGAGAACCACGAGCAUCGGGCUAGUCCAGCUCUUUCCGCCGAAAUGUCGUAUUUACGUUCCGACUGGUUGUUGCACUUCAUGUUAUUCUCACAUUAGAAAUAUAUUUGUCUAUAUUUUUUGGGAGAAAAAGACAAUUUUGUAACAGAGAGAGAGAGAAAAUGGGAUUACUACAAGAGUUAAACAUUUGACACAUUCGUAGGCCUGAAUUUCAGCACCGAAACUCGAUUUACGGAUGGUGUUCUGCGAGCGAGGGAGGCGUCGCUCCGGGGGCCGCGCGCGCGCGGAUUUUGCGGCGGUGUCGCCUCGUGCAGAGCCAGAGGAUCUGCGAGGGGAAGGGCUCGGAUUGAUGCGCGCAGGGGAGUGAGACACGCAUCCGCACAGCCGCCACAGCCGGUCGUCAAGCUCUGAAAGACGCCUCUCCUCCAUCAGCACAGAGACGACGCCUGCGCAGGCUGGCAUGAUCUGUCCCUCGGUGUUGUCCUCCUCGGGCUGCCGCUGCUGCCGCCGCUCUCGAGCCUGCUGAAGCCGCCCGGUCGAGCGCUCUCCGUGGUUUUGCAGCUGCGGAUGCGCCUGUGAACGAAGCGAGCAUGGCUGCUGGGAAGCUGCUGCUCUACGCCGGCCUCUCCCUGUCCCUGUGCGCCCUGGGCAUGCUGGCCGUAGCCAUCUGCUCCAACCACUGGUACGAGACGGACGCCCGCAGGUACAAGGAGCGCUGCCGAAGCUUCUCGAACCGGAGGAACGACCCGGGCUUCAUCUACAUUCCCAACACCAGCCUGCCACUGCGUGCCAGCAGGUCGAGGCUGGACCGCUGGGAGGAGAAGCUGCUGUUGGCCCGCAACCGGCGGCAGCUGUUCGCCAUGAGCGCGGCGGACGAGUGCAGCCGCCAGUACAACUCCACUAACAUGGGGCUCUGGAGCAAGUGCCACCGGCUGGGCUUCGACCAGGACAUCGAGGACCUCAUUCGGAAAGGUUCGAUUGCAAGGUGUUCCUUCAUAAAGUACCACUACUCCUCUGCCACCAUCCCAAAGAACCUCUCCUACAACAUCACAAAGACCAUCCGGCAGGACGAGUGGCACUCCUUGCACUUGCGUCGCAUGACAGCUGGCUUCAUGGGAAUGGCGGUGGCCAUCAUCCUGUUCGGCUGGAUCAUUGGGGUGCUGGGCUGCUGCUGGGACCGAGGCCUCAUGCAGUAUGUGGCCGGACUGCUUUUUCUCAUGGGGGGCACCUUCUGCAUCAUCUCCCUUUGCACGUGUGUGGCUGGCAUCAACUUCGAGCUCUCCCGCUACCCACGCUACCUGUACGGCCUGCCAGAUGACAUUAGUCACGGCUAUGGCUGGUCCAUGUUCUGUGCCUGGGGCGGGCUGGGCCUCACACUCAUUGCCGGCUUCUUCUGCACCCUGGCCCCCUCCGUGCAGCCUCCACCCCGCUCCACAUGCCCCAAGGCCCGGCCUGAGAAUGGCACCGUGUGCUAAUUCCAUCCAUGCGGCUGGCCAGCUGGCGCCGCUGUACCCCCGGGGUUCAUACCUGCUCCUCCACAAGGAGCUCCCUCACACAGAGGGAAAGACAACAACGCCUGCAUUCGUUUAGAAUCAUUUCUGAUCUCUCCUGGCUAGAGACUGUGGUAUUUUUGAUGUGCGUGUGUGUGUGCGUGUGUGUGUGUAACAACUGGAGAUGGUCACAAGACUAGAUCUCCUCAGCAGACUGCAAAUCUGUGACAAAUAUUGCAAACUAAUAACAGACAUCAGCACCUUGUGUGUGGAAUCCAGGGGUACAGACUGAAAUCAAACUCUUUCCCAGUGACCCCACUGGUGCAUUUUGGGAUAUGAAUGGGAAAAUGGUAGGGGAAAAACAUAGGGGAGUAACAUUGUUUCAUUAAGAAGACAUCAUCCAUCCACAUGCAGGCCUUUCCUGGUUCUCCUAAAGCGAAAGGAUUGUCUCUCAGUAAAUCUCGCACUUUUUGAAAGCAGACUGAAGAUGUCUGGGAGAAAAGGCGAAGAGAAUAUGGCCGUCACCGUGAAUAGAAGAUUCUCUGGAGUUCAUUGGAUUCACUAGAUUCUUUUUUUCAACAAGUGUGAGGAAAAUGGAGCCCUAUGGUACAAUAUGACUAGAAAACCACCAGAGCUUGUCAUACUGGAGAAGGAAUAUGAAUGAUGAAAGCAUGGACUCCCUGGUCUUAUUCUUCAGCGGAGACAAUGACUGCACAUGGCAGACGAUCUUCCCAUAUUGUACAAAAUUGUAAAGAAUAUCACGCGGGAUCCAAACUGAAAUUUCAUGCUUGAGCAUUUUCAUUUUCUAAGUGCAUUCCAUUCUUAAAAGUCUAACCUGGGAAAAGCUGUUUUUUGUGUUGAUUUUCGUUUCUUUUUUAAUUAAACCUGUCUUUACGUGUGUGUGGGUGCCUGGAUGGGAGUAUUAACAUUGUGUGAAGAAUAAUUUGUUUUUCAUUCCACCAUUGUCAUACAAGUAAGUACCUGUGGGUGUUUUACAAUUUCUGUAGAAAAAAGUAUUGUAAAAAUGACAAUAAUAAUGGUUUAAAACAUAAUAAUAAUCAAGACUUGCCCAAGGGAAAAGGUUGGGUAUUUUAUUAACAGAAAAUGAAAGUUGCAAUGUCCUGUUUGUGCCACACAAUCUCUCUUAGAGUUUACAUUUUGUCUGGAGUUGAUGGGAACUGAUUUGUUCAACAUUAUAUGUUCAAUAUCACACCACGGUUACCCCCUGCACAUCUGGGUGGUACUCUGUGGUAUUCCUGAUUACCACACUAGUUUCUCCCUUAAAAAAUAUUUGAUACAUUUAUAAGGAUUCCAUACCCAGUGUGUUUUUUUUUUGAAAACUUGUGUCCAACAACUGCAUAAUGCAUUCUAAGUAUUUUCAUAAUGCAUUGUAAUUCAUUUAUUAUGCACAAUGGCCUAAGCACUCAUAACCACUCAUGCCUGCAUGUAAUAACCCACAUAACAUUUUUAUAGGAACAUUUUAUAAGAAAUUAACCUAAUAUAUUAUGAAAUCAUUGGCAGACUACAUUAUAAGAGUGUAUUAGAGGAAGUGCUGUAAUUCAUUCAUUUAUUUUCAUCAUGUUAUCAGCCUUAAAUUUCCAUAUUGUUUUAUAUUUUACAUUCACAACUUACAUAUAAAUGUGUGAUAAUCCACCCAAAACAUAAUUAGGCAGCUAAGUUAAUCAACUGUAUGUAGCAUCUCCUGUCCUUUUAGACUGUUAUGGUUUAGACGUUGGUGUCCAUACCCCAGUAUACAGGCAUUUGGUAUGUGGACAUUAACACACUGGAACUUCAAGAAUUUGUACGAAUCACUUUGGUACAAUGACUCUUUCAUCAUAUCUUGACUUUUCAGUCCACCUGUAUACCAAAUCUGCAAUGAAACAUGUUCAACCAUCCUGACCGACAGAAGUCCCAUGAUUAAACACACAAACCGCUGUGUGUACAGACCAUGGAAGUUGGGAAUAGAAGCCAUCUCUUUUCAUCUUUAUAUGAAAUUCUGCAUUGGAUCGUGCUCUCCUGUGCACAUUCCUAUUUUCAUUAAUUUUGUUGCUUUGUUUGUGUUCAUUUAGAUUUUUUUUAUAGGUCCAAUGUGAGUAAGUACGCUUAAGAAAGUACUGGCAAAAACUGAGAAGUCAGAAAGAAAGAACUUUUCAUAAUUCAAGUGUAAAUUAUAAGUGUGGAAUCCAUCCUACUGUAGUGACACAGUGUGAUGAUAACAGAUACCAUACAAAGUGCUGCAGAUCCUUUUUGCCUGCUUAAAUUGUAGCCAAAAUCUUCACACUGAUCAUCGAUGUGCUAUGCCUGAGGUUCACACGCUUGCAUUCUGUUUUCCAUUUUGACAUUCCGUUUAAAUUUUUUUCUACUACGUGCAUACAUUCCUUGAACAGCCAAGAAAUAGGCUGUUGAAAAUAAGUAUUCCUUUAUUGUUUCAGGGUAACUGUGAAAAAUUGUCAUGAAACUUGCAGAACGUUUGAAAUACCCACAGUUCACUCAAAUCCAACUUCAUUGAUAGUUGCGCCUUGUGAAACUAGAUAAUAGGAGCAAUUAGUUUGAUAAGGAGGACUUUCUUUGUAAAGACUAUAAUAAUUUUAUUAAUGGCUGCCUAUGUUUUGAAUAAUUUUUGAGUGAACUUGUGUCAGUCCAGGAAUGGAUUAUAAUUUUCCUCAUACAAAACAAUGAAAAUAGCUUCUUAGAUAUCCAGACAUUUACAGAUUUACAGGAAAAAUGAGUUUCAGACAGCAGUGCAGGGUGGAGAAGCAAAUUACAAUCAAAGUUUACAGUCUCCUGGUGUUCAGAGCAGCAGCAAGACUCAGUAAACUGUGCAUCCUUUAUGGCUGGUGGAUAAUGCAAGAAUGUUCUGGCCAUAUUCAUUUAAAAGCAUGAAAGAUUAGAUUUUUUUUAAGUGUGUAAACAUGUUCACUUUUCAAAUAUUAAAAUAAUGAUACCCAAUCGUGAGGCAUUUGAGAGUGCUCUCUAGGUCGAAAAGCGCAUAGCUGUGACUAGCAAUAGAAAACAAGGCUGUACACGUAACGAUUUAUUUUUCCUUUCAAAUUGUAACUAAACGCAGUUCCGAUUAGGCAAAUGUGACUUCCUUCUCUCUAUCUAUUUCCAAAUAUCAUUGCUUGACUUGCUCCGUUACGCUUACAGCAAGGAUCCGCAACCAUGGUCUUCAAAGGUUUAAUCGCAUUAACCUUCCAUCACUUUUAAGUCGUGUUAAACCUAAACAUCUAUAUUUUAGAAAACUGUUACAGGUGCAAUGGCCCUAUCCCUAACCCUUUGGAUGUAGAUUCAAAUCCAGUUCACUCUUUGUGAAGUUUGCCUGGAUUUCCUCUGGUUUUCUUCCAAAAUCCAAAAACAGGUAUUUUCAGGUGGGUUGUUGUGUUGGAAUUACCUGUAGUGUGUUAAAAUGUGAGUGUGUGUGUGUGU